UGGGCUGUCGCUGCGCAGGCGCAGUGGUGGACUCCACCGCCGGAGUAUCAAUCUCCAAGCUCUCUAGUAGCGGAGAGACAGGUAUGGCGGAGGCGAUGGAUCUGGGUAAAGAUCCCAAUGGGCCCACUCACUCCUCCACUCUGUUCGUGAGGGGAGACGGGAGCGCUAUGUCGUUUUACGUGCGGCCCAGCCCGGCCAAGCGCCGGCUGUCGACGCUCAUCCUGCACGGUGGCGGCACCGUGUGCCGGGUGCAGGAGCCCGGGGCCGUGCUGCUGGCCCAGCCCGGGGAGGCGCUGGCCGAGGCGUCGGGCGACUUCAUCUCCACGCAGUACAUCCUAGACUGUGUGGAGCGCAACGAGAGGCUGGAGCUGGAGGCAUACCGCCUGGGACUGAGCGAGCAGGCUCCAGACACAAAGUCCGGGGCUUCCACCGAGGGCUCCGCGGAGCUGGAGCCGCAGCCUCUGACUGGGCGCAUCGCCUACACGGACGCGGACGACGUGGCCAUCCUGACCUACGUGAAAGAAAAUGCCCGCUCGCCCAACUCAGUCACCGGCAAUGCCUUGUGGAAAGCGAUGGAGAAGAGCGCGCUCACACAGCACUCCUGGCAGUCUCUCAAGGACCGCUACCUCAAGCACCUGCGGGGCCAGGAGCACAAGUACCUGCUUGGGGACGCCCCGGUCAGCCCGUCCUCCCAAAAGCUCAAGCGGAAGGCGGAGCAGGAUCCCGAGGCCGCUGAUAGCGGGGAGCCGCAGAACAAGAGAACGCCAGACUUGCCUGAAGAGGAGUGUGUGAAGGGAGAGACCAAGGAGAAUGAUGAGUCAGUCAAACAGCUCUUUGAGGACGCCAGUCGGGAGUUUGAAGAAGCUGUGGUGGGUGAGAGCCCUGACUUUGAAAUACAUAUAACAAUGUGUGAUGAUGAUCCUCCCACACCUGAGGAAGAUUCCGAAACACAGCCAGAUGAGGAGGAAGAGGAACCAAAAGUUUCUACACAGGAAGUGGGAGCUGCCAUCAAAAUUAUCCGGCAACUAAUGGAAAAGUUUAAGUUGGAUCUAUCAACAGUUACACAGGCCUUCCUGAAAAACAGUGGUGAGCUGGAGGCCACCUCCUCCUUUUUAGAGUCUGGUCAGAGAUCUGAUGGCUAUCCAAUCUGGUCCCGACAAGAUGACUUAGAUUUGCAGAAGGAUGAUGAGGACACUAGAAAUGCAUUGAUCAAAAAAUUUGGAGCUCAGAAUGUUGCUCGGAGGAUUGAAUUCCGAAAGAAAUAAUGGACAAGAUGAUGGCAGAUGAUGAUUAUCAAUAUCUUGUGGCCAUUGAAACUGACCAGUACUGCUGUUCUGUGAGCCCCAGAUUUUGUAGCCACGCAGUGUUAUGUAGCAGGAUAAAGUAAAAGAAACUGGAUCUAGAGUGGUCCAUGGCAAGUAUCUGUGUUUAUGAUAGGGGAAUCUAAACCAGGAGGUUGGUCUGUAUAUUAGUAUAUUAGCCUUUGUUGGAAGGCAGCCCCUGCUGUGUUGGUGACAGGAGCCUAGUGACAGAAAUCAAAGUCGGAAACGGAAAGGCAAAGGUCUUUUCAGGCCUGAUGAGUAAGUAACCUCAUCUUUUGGCAGAAGUUGUUUCAGAUGAAGAGUCUAGAAAUAAGAUUUAAUGGCAAAGCUUAUAACAUGAACUGUUUCAAACCAACCCAUCUCCCAGGGAGCUCUGAUUUCUACUGUGUUGAAAAAUCCCAUAUUCAGCUUCCUAAUGGUGUUUGAAAACUCCACCCCCUCCUGCUGUUGCUUUUGGUUCUCAGUCAAGUCGCUAGUAGUAUUUGCUUUCUUCCCACUCAGUUUUGUGUACAAUAAAUUCUGACUUGUGGGAGUGUCAAGUCUUAACAUUUAUAACUGGUGUCAUAUACAAACUUCAUAGUCAAGAAUCAAGUUACACACACACACACACCCCUCAAAAAACUUGUAUGCUCUAAGAUUCCGUGUUCUUCUUUUGUAGCUAUCCUCAGCUACAUGGGGGCUGCAGGUCGCAUACUGUUAACUGUGAUGUGUUGUUUUUAAAUUUUAUCAAACAUUAGUUUUCCGCUGAAAAUUGUGUAGACUUAAAAUUUAAUGGAUUGCUCCGCUUUGUGUUGCUUUUAUUAUUCAAAAUAAAUAUAAUUUUUGUGUUUGA